CCCCAAAACCCAAGCAAGUCGAGGAUAUGCCAAGAGGACACGCCAGGGAAACCCAGCUGGGACUCAGGAAGAACCUUGACCCCAGAACCAUUCUGAGGCUGCCCGCUGCCCUCAGGCUGCUCCAAGCCCCGCUGAGGCGUUGGACAGUUCCGAAGGCCCACAUCUCUCCAAGCCCGCCAAAACACCCACCUCCCGCGGAGCAGGCCAUGGGGCUCUCACUCAUAUUCAUCAGCUUCCUGGUUCCUGGAGGCUAUCUCACCCGCCUGGAGGGCUACAAGAGCUCCAUGCUGUCACUGCAGGCACAGGACUGAAAGAUCGCAUUAAACCGUCUUUCCACCUAACGUUCACUUUGUGAUUCUCUGUGUACGUGCACCUCCACUCCCAGACGAGGAACCUCAAGGUGGUUUCCCUUACACGCCCAGUCCCAGAGAUGGCUCAUGUCAGCAUUGGGGCACACUGGGUCACAGACGC